AUGACAAGUGGCGUUUGUCAUACAUAAUCCAAACCCAAAGGAGAAAUAAACGGUUGUUUUGUGCGUUUUGUCCUUAUGAAAUUAAAAUGUUAAGAAGAAUUUAUUUUGGAAUAUGCAUACUUGUUUAUUGCCUAGCAGGGGAGCCGGUGUGUACAUCACACUUUGAUUAUGAAUACAGGACGGUUCAAAAGCUGUUUCAGUUAGAGCAGAAGAUAGAGCAGUUGUUACUCAAAGUAGGUCAGUCAGUGUAUGUUAGAUGGGGAAGAAACACGUGCCCUGAUGAUGCUUCACUGGUAUAUUAUGGCUAUUCAGCAGGCAAAAAGCAUAACGAUAAAGGUAGUGGAAGUGAUACCGUAUGUUUGCCGUCUGAACCCACGUGGUUAAAUUACAACGAUGGUGACGACGGCCAAAGAGGACACAUUUACGGCACAGAAACGGAUGUCGUUGGUGUCUUCGAGGAUAACAUAAACCAGCAGGAUUCCCCCUGUGCGGUAUGCAGAGUCCAAAGGCCAGUCACUCUUAUGAUUCCUGGAAGGUCAAAUUGCUACGAUGGAUGGAAACUGGAAUACAGCGGGUAUCUUAUGUCUGCCUACCAUGAUCAUCCUGGACCACAUAAUUACGUGUGUGUCGACAGUCGUCCUGAGUUCGUGCCGAAUGGGGGCAGCAAUGAUAAUGAACACAUAUUUUAUCUUGUAGAAGUUAAAUGUGGCUCACUUCCUUGUCCACCCUACGUAGAGGGCAGGGAACUAGCUUGUGUUGUGUGUUCUAAGUUACAAUAAUCAACAAGUCCCUUAUCUCGUAGUCUUUGAUUCUCUUACUUGCCACCAUGUUUAUGAUCAGUAACUACACUCCAGAACUUUGAAAA